GCUCCCCUUCAGCUCACAGAAAAGACGAAACGUGAUCUACGCAUUUUUUUACAAGUUUCUUGCAUUGUUUGGUUGCGUGCGCAACAGAUUUUGAUUUUGUUGACUCCAUCAAUUUUUCCAGGCGACUAUUUUUAAGCACGUAGAAGUUCCAAAACCAAUCAAGAAAUAAUCUGAUCUUAGUUACGACGUGUAGAAAGUACCACCACCCGGAACAAUCAUAACAGACCCAAAAUGGAAGUGUAGUUAUGCACAACUACAGAAAAACAAAAAUGUAAAUUAAUAAAGAUGCGGCCUUGAUGUUUUCUUUUUUCCUCCGCGCAAGAAUACGAAGUGCUAGUCGGACGAGAUCGUAGUGGGAAUCAGAACGAGAUCGAGACGACCACCGAUUCAUCCUGCACAACAAGUUCUAGGCCGCGAAAACAUCGUUUCAGACGACGCUACGCUAUUGCUUUACUUAGUACGCGCAUAAGAAAAAUUAGUAUUAGCGCAAGAAAAAUGCUCCAAGCGACGCCCUGAUAUUUUUAGUCAACAGAAGGCUUUUUUGGACCCACGACUAGAAGUUAAUAGAACAACGAAAAGAAGAAGUACCUGUACAAGCAGCAUAAAAAUCAUUUCCAAGAAAUAGUUUCAUGAUGAGCGGCACGACGAGUAAAAGCGCUAUGUCCUCCAACGCGACCAUCCCGGCUGCUGGUGGCCCCCAACAAGGACAACAACAUCAAGGAGGUGCGGCACCAGCGGCUCCCGCAGGUGGUCAUCAACACCAGCACCCUCCUGCGCCUCCGGCUCCCCCUGUGGUCGUCCCCGCGCAAACCGCUUCCACCUCGGAGGUGGUAAAAACAAGUACGAAACCCGCACCGCCCAAACAGCAGAAGUACAAUCUUCGGUCCGGGAGUACCAACGUGAAGAGCGGGCCCGCGGAGGUCCGCCGCGUGGCGGAGGCUCUGCUGAACUGCAACACCCUGCUGGUCGCCGCCGGCGCUGGCAUGGGCAAGGACAGCGGGUUACCCACCUACGCCGAGUACGGGGACAAGCCCUUGUUGCCUCACAAGGAGGACAGUUCCUACGCGCAGCUGUGCCACCCGGACGCCCGCGACAACGACUACAGCGCCUUCGCGCAGUUCUGGCACCUGUGCAAGGCGACCUACGCAAAGGCAGAGCCGCACGACGGCUACUGGAUUCUCGAGUCCUGGCUACACGACCGCGACCAGAAUGGUGACAACGAGCAGACUGGCUCGUCCUGCAAUAGUAAAUUUUUGGGGAACAACAGCCAGACGAACCACAAUUCUUGUCCUGGUGCGUCAACUUCUACCACGACGAGUUUGAACCCCGACCAGCACACGUCGGGUUCUAGUAGUAGUUCUUGUAGUGGUCUCCAAGAACGCUCAGAACAGGAGGUAUUGAAGAACCCGGCGUCGGGGUCGUCGGCCACGAACAUUAAUGUGCGUCCGGCCUUGUCCGAAGCAGACGAGUUGCGUCUGCAAGAAAAGGCAGCGCGAUUUGUUUCGCCCCUGCAGAUCCCCAAUUGGUACGUGUUUACGUCCAACGUGGACGGGCACUUUCGGCGGCUGCCGAAGCUCGGCCGGCGCGUCGCGGAGAUUCACGGCGCUUGUGACUGGGAGUGGAAGCGCCAAGAAAAGUGGGACAUGCAGGCGGUGCUGGAAAACAGGGAGAAGUCAAACAGGCAGGCGGGGGCUGCGGCGAUGGUGGCCGCCAUUGAGCAUCAAGUUCCGCUGUCACCCAGUGGCGGUUCUACUGCUCGAAACCCUCCCGCAGCUCGUGGGGGUGCGUCGAUAAGCACAAAGAAGGACCACAAGAGCUGCAACUCCGCUGCUGAAAAAGCCACUGCUGUGAUCAAAAAAGCCGUCGCGACAGCGAAAAGCAGCUCCUCGAAUAAAACUACGCAUAAUUCGGCGUCCACCGCGAGCAAAAAUUCGGCCUUGGGAGCAGGUGGACCUCCAGGUAGUUCUUUCAAGGAAAACGUAACAAGCAUCGCGCAGACGAACACGAACAUGAUGAAUUCUGUUCAGCAAGCGCCAGCGACGAAGAAAAAAAGCUGCCAGGGCACGUCCUCCAGUACAACUUCUUCCAAAAGCUCGACCUCCACGACGAUUUAUUCGAAGAGCGGAGGUGCUUCCUCUUCUCGGGCCGGGGAGGAGAUGAGCUGCAACAUCGGUAGUACCACGGUCAGCACCAAAGCUGGAGCCACCACAACUGCGUCUGCUCGGGCUAAAAAGGCGGCGGCUGGGGCGACAGCGAGUUCUGCCAAGCAGGAGAAAAAUGCUGUAGUUCUAGCUGCCAGUACCACAACCACAAAGGCAACUACAUCCGUUAGUUCUACUGUUUCACGGAAGAUGAACAGCAAAAAGGCGGCGGGGGCGUCCGCUACUUCUGGUGCCCUCGCAGCAGUGGGGAAGACGACGUCUACUCCUGCAACUACAUCUCCCUCCACUUCCGUUCAGAAAAGUUGUCCCGCCGAUACUGCUGAACAGGAUGAAAAUUAUCGCAUCGAGAAGAAGUCCACCGGCGUACUACAACGCGCCGGAGAAAAUUAUAACCUUUCGUCUACCUCUACCGCAGCGCCGCCUGGGUCCCAGGAGCCAGAUCACCUUGACACGACCAGUGCGUCAAAUGUUGGAAGAAAUGAUACAACUAGCGACAUCAAUUCUGGAGGACAGUCGUCGUCCCAACCUGAAGACUCUGCUGCCCUUCCCGUGGGAUUCGAUAAGAAACCCCGGGUUCGACCGCAGGUCCUGAUGUUCUCGGAUGACGACGAGGACUUGAUGGAUAGACUACACGAGUCGCAGUGGGCCCCCUACCAGCAGUGGGAGGACAGGAUGGAAAGCGAGAAGAGAACGAAUCUAGUCAUUUUGGAAAUCGGCUGCGGUACCCGGGUGCCCACGGUAUACCGAUUUUUUAAUAUUACGCGAUUUUUUUUGCUGCCCCAUUUUGUAUCACGUGAUUCAAUUUCUUGCAACUGCAGCAUGUUGGCACGUAGUCGAUGUACGUAUGAAUCGUGAAAUAUCCAACUUCAAAAUGGAAGAGGUAUUGUUGAUCACCUCUCGGCCUUAAUCCUUUCGCUUUUUGAAAUCAAAAGCGAUUAUGGUAACACGAAGCCAACUGGUAUUAAAAUAUGUUAGGUGCGCGACGAGUGCAAAGAGGUAUACAACGAUUUCAACAAGAAGCACACGAGUCUCCGGCGGUCGUUCGCCACCUGGGUUCGCAUCAAUCCCACUGACACUGACAAGGACAUUCCGGCCCUGGUGCUGCUAAACCACGGGGGCGCGAAGCAGAUCCUGGAGGAGAUCAGCGAGGCCGUUUUGGAAAUUUUUGAGGAGCGCGCCGAGGAGAGCAGUUCCUCCGCUUCGUGCAGCUCCGUGGUGGGGAAUUACAGUUCCUCGUCUGCUGGCCACCAGGGAGGCGGUGGUGGUCACCAGCAGCAGGGUACUAACAAUGGCAAAAAUCGUGGAGCUGUUGUACUGGCAGCUGCAGCAGCCACAACAGGAAGUGGAGCUCAAAAGAAAACGACAAACAAACGUGACAGACAUCGUGUCGACGUAGAAGUUCUAGCAGGUACUUCGGAUGCUGAGUUGCAACUUGAAGACAAAGAAGAGAUGUUACAACCUGAGGAACAAGACGUGGAUAUGCAGUCGUCCUGCGACGACGAGGAAGAUAACGACAGUGCUGCUGACGCGGACAUGGACGCCGAAGGGGCAAGCGAGGAGGAGAGCAACAGCUCCUUGGGGGAGGUCGAGGAAGAAGAGGAGGAGGAGGAGGACAGCAUGGAAGUGGACUGAUUUUUUAGCAGUACUAUGAACUUUGUCAGCGCUGCGACACAAACCUGAUGUUUUCGUUGACGUAAUUUUGUCUACUAGCGAAAGCCACGAAAGGCUACUGCGCGGAGCGAUUCUGACGAGAAGAAAGCAGCAUCUCGGCUCUCAAAGUGAACCCAUUUUUUCCGACUUGAAGAUCGAACCGCUAUCGGAUCAUCUGCCCAUAAUCCGGUUGAAUGAAAAGUGAGC